AUGAAACCGAUAGUAAUUCCUAUCCUAUCUGUUCUGGCGGUGCUCGUUGCUACAGCACCAAUUCAGCAGCAAGAUGCGGUCACAGUAGCCAAUGCCAUAGACGUCGAAAGGAGAGCACCACGAUCAGAUGAAACACCCGAGGCACUUGCAGAACUCGGAAAGGGUUUAUGGUGUACCUAUCUCCACAAUUCCUUGUUGAAGACGUUUUUCCACGAAGAAAGAGACCUCUUAAUUCUUCCACUUUUGAACGCUAUUUCCAGCACAGUUAAAAUCAAGGGACCGAUAGUUUGCGACGAAAAGAAGUACCGGGGAAUUUUUAUCAGACCCCUAUCGAGAACGACGAAAAGAGGCGUUAAUUCAAUCAAUGGAGACGACAUUGAAGCACUAGCCCAAGAUAUCCAAGCGAGAGAGCCUACACCACAACUUCUCGACGACCUGGACAUCGCAAUUAAUGUUUUGAUAUCUGACCUUUUUGGCUCACUGCCGGAUGCUACUAGUAAGCGUCAAAGUAAGCCGGAAUCAAUACAACAUCGCGACACCAUUUCUACGGAAGAUAUCCAAGCAAGAACACCACAACUAAUCAGCACGGUUAGCACCGAACUCAAGGCCGUAAUGGAGGCACUUGCUCGGUCGCUAGUCGGAUCAAUUGCGCAAUCAGUGUCGCGGCCUCGCCGAAGAGACGUUAAUUACAGUGAUACUCAAACGUCAACGGAAGACAUCCAGGCAAGAACACCACAAUUGUUGGGUGGACUUGGCAGAGCCGCUGGAAUAGCACUCGACGACGUUGAAGACAUAUUGGCAGCACUGGGUCCACCACAUUCCAACAACCGCAGAAGUCUCCACAGUAACACUCAAACAUCCACGGAAGAUAUCCAAGCAAGAACGCCACAAUUACUGCAUAUACCUAUAGAUCUCGCCAAAGUAGUCGUAGCUACUGCUGAUGACUUUCUAUUCAAACCUGGUGGAUUACGUGUCUUCAAGGGUUUUGAAGGUAACACUCAGACACCCACGGGAGACGUACAAGCGAGAACACCUCAACUACUAGGAGGGGCUUUAGGAAACGGUGUGGGAAGCUUGUUAGCUGGCGUUAAGCAUUCAGUACGCGGAACACGUCCUGAAAGCUCUGGCAACCGCCGAAGUGAACCUGAACUAAUACGCCGUCGCGGCAUCGAGACAACCCAAGAAGGAAUUCAAACAAGAACACCUACACCCCAGAAAACCGAAGAAAUUGAAAACGCAUUCGGAACCGCGGUGGGAGGCGCUGUCGAUUUGAUAUGUAAACCAGGCCCCUGA